AUGUCGCCGUCUACCGCAGCCUUUCGUGCUUCCCUUCUCCGCACAUCCGCCUACACCCGUAACACCUUCAAACCGGCCUCCAGCAGUUUCCGUGCCACACCUAGGUCCUCAGUGCCCCGCACCGCCCCCGUCCUCGUCUACUCCUUGAUCAACCGUCGCACAAUGGCUACCGACGCCCCCGCCAAGAUCAAGGUCAAGAAUCCCGUCGUCGAGCUCGACGGUGAUGAGAUGACCCGCGUUAUCUGGAAGGAUAUCAAGGAGAAGUUUAUCUUCCCCUAUCUCGAUGUCGAUCUCAAGUACUACGAUCUUGGCCUCGAGUACCGCGACGAGACCAAUGAUCAGGUCACCCUGGAUGCCGCCGAAGCUAUCAAGAAGUACUCGGUGGGCGUGAAGUGCGCAACCAUCACCCCCGACGAGGCUCGUGUCGAGGAAUUUAAGCUGAAGCAGAUGUGGCUUUCGCCCAAUGGUACCAUCCGAAAUGCGCUUGGAGGUACUGUUUUCCGUGAGCCCAUUGUUAUCCCCCGCAUUCCCCGCCUGGUACCUGGGUGGAAGAAGCCCAUCAUCAUUGGCCGCCAUGCCUUUGGCGACCAGUACCGUGCAAAGGACCUUGUCGUCCCCGGCCCCGGCAAACUUAGCAUGGUCUACACCCCGGCUGGCGGCGAACCGCAGGAAAUCGAGGUGUUCCAGUUCAAGAACGGUGGCGGCGUCGCCCAGACCCAAUACAACACCGAUGAGAGCAUCACAGGCUUCGCACAUGCUAGCUUCAAGCUCGCUCUUGACAAGGGUCUUCCCUUGUACAUGAGCACUAAGAACACCAUCCUCAAGAAGUACGACGGUCGCUUCAAGGACAUCUUCCAGGAACUUUACGAUGGAGGGUACAAGGCCCAGUUUGAGGCCAAGGGUAUCUGGUACGAGCACCGCCUGAUCGACGAUAUGGUCGCCCAGAUGAUCAAGAGCACCGGUGGUUACAUCAUGGCUCUGAAGAACUAUGACGGUGACGUCCAGUCCGAUAUCGUUGCCCAGGGUUUCGGCUCUCUGGGCCUGAUGACCUCGGUCCUCAUCACCCCCGACGGCAAGACCUUCGAGUCCGAGGCCGCCCAUGGCACCGUUACUCGCCAUUACCGCGAGCACCAGAAGGGCCGUGAGACCUCGACCAACCCGAUCGCCUCCAUCUUCGCCUGGACCCGCGGCUUGAUCCAACGUGGCAAGCUGGACGAGACUCCCGAAGUCGUCGCUUUCGCUGAGGGCCUCGAGCGCGCUUGCAUCGACACGGUCGACAUCGACGGGAUCAUGACCAAGGACUUGGCUCUCGCGUGCGGCAAGACCGCUCGCGAGGAUUACGUCACGACUAGCGAGUACCUAAGCGCCGUCGAGAGGAGGUUGAAGCAGAGCCUGAAGGAAAAGCUUUAA